UUUUUAUUUUAAUUUCCUUAGUUUAUUUUAAUGUCUUUCUCUUUCUAUUGUUGAAACCCUAAUCCUAUUGUCUUGGUAGGAAUUUCUUCCUAUCAAUUGGUGCUUCCAUUUUCGAUCUCUUGCCUAGUAUUGAAGAUGAAUAUUUCCAUAUACAAUGGAUGUGACGAUUGUUAUUGGUGGAUUUUGUGUACUGAAAAAUAUUUUGUUACACAUAGAAUACCAGAAGAAGAAAAAGUAGCAAGCAUUGUUCCAGUAUUGAGAGGUCGAGCUCUUCAAUGGUGGUUUCAAUGGUCUCAAAGGUACUCAUCGACAAGCUGGGACGCUUUUACUACUGCUAUCCUCUGGUAUUUUAAACCUGAGUUUAGAGAUGUUAUGCCUGAGUCAGAUGAAGCAGGGAAACCAUAUUCAGAAAUUUUAAACUAUGUUUUCACAAAGCCGGAUCUGGAAUCAAUGGAACCCAUUGAUGAAACUUGUUUUCAUCAAGAUUUCAUUGUGGAACCUGUCCAUCGAGACCUUCCUGAAAUAAAUCUAAAUCUUUUGCCAACUCUAAAGCAACAACAAAUCCAAUCUCCUUGUUUUAGGGCAUCGUCACCUUGUUCUAAAAUAACACAUUCAACUUGUAGUCCAGAGAGAGAAAUAGAGGAUGAAGAAAUAGAGUCACAGGGAGAGAAAUCACCACCGAAGCCACCACCGGAGUCAAUAUUUGAUCAGCCUCCGGUACCACCGCCACCUUUGAAAUCGUUUUGCUAUGAAGAAAAUAUGACGAAAAAUAUAUUUCCGGCAACUUCUCCGGCCACACUUCCGACAAUACCUUCCAUGAUAUCUCAGAUGAAAUCUCACGCAACAAAGACAAGUGCAUCUGUUUUCCUACAAGAGUCACCAUAUCAAUGUUUGCCUAAUGAAUUCAUCAAUCUUUCACCACUGUGUAAUGUUGAGAAAAAGCAUUCAACGGUCCAAUUAAAGCCUGCCACGCGCCUGUUGCACUUCAAUCACACAAGGCCCACGCGCCUGCUACUUGUUGGACGUCCGUCAGCGCACUCUCCCAUACUUCAAAAAGGUUCCUUCUUAUCCUUUGAAAAUAAUCACCCACCUUUACAUUUCCCUCAAUUUAUGCAGAAUUCAUCACAACCAUUCAUUCAAAAAAAUGUCCCACCUAUUGCAAUAGUGAUCACGUGUAGCUCCAUAUCACCACUCACAUCAAUUCAACAAGACUUUCUCUCUCUCCAUACAAUAUCACACUCCCAUACAACUUUUGGACAAAAGAAUGUUGUGUCUCAUCCUGGUACAAGUGGUCCCAUGUCCUCUACUGCAUCUCUGCCUUAUUUCACCUACCAAUUUCUUAAAGCCAAUUUCAAUCAACCACACCAAUUUGGUUUUCACAAAUCAACCAACACAGUUUCAACCUUAGCACCUAAUUCCAUUAAUUUACAAACAGUUCAUUACCACUCAUCAUCCUUGUUUCCUUCAAUGAUCAAUAAGUUUACUAAAACAAAUUUCAUGUUUCCAAUGAUGCUUGUUCCCUUUAAGAACACGAAGAACGAGCCCGUUCUUUCACCCGAAACAAAAAUUUAUGAUCACAAGAGGGAUUGUUAUGAACAAGCUUUUAAGUGUUUUCGAAAAAUGCAGAUUGUCGGUGUUGUUUCUGAUUAUGUGAUUAUUAUGGCUAUCAUUUUCGUUUGUGCUCACCUGGGUGCACUCGGUCUUGGCUUGUGCGUACAUAGGUUUGCAAUGAAGAAAGGUUUCAGAGACAAUGUUAGAGUUUCUAAUUCGUUGGCAAAUAUUUGUGUUCAAUAUGGAUGUAUGAAGCUUGCUCUUAAGGUGUUUGAUAGAAUGACUCAACAAAUUUUGGGGCUGACGAAUUCAAUUAUUGAUAGUUUUACUCAAAAUGAAUUUGUAGAUGAGGUUCUGAGUUCUUUCCAUUUGAUGAGGAAAGAAGAGUUUCAGUCAAAUGGUGUUCUUUCUAUUGAAAAUAUACAUGAAGAGGUUGUUGCUUUAAUUCCAAUAAUUGAUUUUUGGUCUGAAAAUAGUCCUAUGAACAACACUGAUUCAAUUGUGGUCCUAGCUGCUCAUUCCUUGAUAAAAAUUUCAAGUGAAAAUCUCCAUUCACAAGUUGGUAUUGUUGUUAUACAUGGUGGCUGUCCAAAGAAAAGUCAUGCCGAUUUUCUAACUAAGUGUCUGAUUCCUACUAGAAGAUCGUUUGCGAAUAUGCAUAUGAAGCCAGACACAGAAACUUACAAUUGGGUUGGUGAAGUGUAUACUAGAGCUGAUUCUUAUGACAGAGUUCAAGAUGUCGCUGAGUUGCUUGGCAUGAUGGUCGAAGUUCAUAAGCUCAUACAACUUCCGUCCAAGUUGAAAUGUUGAAGAGCUAUGGAACUUUAAGUUUUCAUAUUUGGCCUGAUAGUGAUAACUUAAGAGGUGAUAUUAUGGAAAAUCAGUUUGUGGAGUAUGUUGUUUUUGAUGAGGUUGGUUGUUUAUUUGACAUGGGUUUUGCUGAGCAGCUACAUCAGAUUCU